UUCCAUAGUUAUAUAUAUAUAUAUAAGCUCAUAUGAGUUAAUUCAAGAAAAUAAAAUACAUUUCUCUUCUAAAAGAUUAAUACAUUUUUUGUUUUAUUUAAAUUGCAUGAAGAUGAAGUGCAACAAAGCUUGUGAACUUUGCAAUCAACACGCUUCUUUCUAUUGUCCUUCCGAUUCAGCUUUUCUCUGCCGGAACUGCGACCACGCCGUUCACGGUGUUAACUUCCUCGUCGCUCGCCAUCGCCGUCAUAUCCUCUGCUCCAAAUGCGAAAGUUUCACCGGAAUUCACAUCACCGGCACCGAACUCCGUCGCUUUCCAUCAACUUGCCGCUCUUGCUCACCGGAAAAUCAUUCCGAUGACACCGAUUCUCAAUGUUCUUCUUCAGAGUCUUGCGUUACGGCACCAAAGAAGACCAAAGCUCGAAGGAUGAAGACUUGUAAGACUCUGAGUUCUGUUAUCGAUGAUGCCUCUCCGAUCGGAUCGGUGGCGGAGGAGCUUUUUGAGAAAUGGAGCAGAGAGUUAGGGUUAGGAUUUAAGGUAACGGUGGAGGGUUUGAGAAGGUGGAAGUUAGUGCCGUUGAAAGUUGGUGCUGCGGCGUCGUUUUGGUUGGGGCUAAGAUUGUGUAGGGACGGUUGUUUAGCCACGUUUCAGAAUCUGAUUAGGUUGGAGAAAAUAUCAGGGGUGCCAGCUAAGCUUAUUUUGGCCGCGAAUGUUAAACUGACACGUGUCUGUAUGCAGCUUCAAGUUGAAAGGGAAGAAGGAUCUGAUGAGUGCUGAGACUUUAACACUAGCUAGCCACCAAUUCAUUUUUAUGUACCAUAGUUAGUUAUUAAAGAAAAAAAUUUAUGCUAGUUAGUUUAUCAUUUUUUUAUAAGGUCCUAAAUAGUUUAAUAUUGUCAUAUUAUUUAAAAUAUAAUAAAGUUAGAGUUUAAAUACAUUUUUGUCCUUUACAAUAGGAUAGUAUAAAUAGGAAUUUUUUUUUUGAAUAACCAUAUUUUUAAAAAAAAUUCCAAAAAUAACUAGGUUUUCAAAAAAAUUACACAAAUGUCACU